AUGCCUUAUUUUGAAUAUGAAUAUGCUGCUACGCCGAAUGCGCAGUGCAUGCUGCAGCCAUCGCAGGCGACCAGACAGCUAACCCUAUCUCGCUGCAAAUAUCAAUAUACCCGCCUUAUAGCGCCCGAUUACUACGCUGAGAAACUCACACCGGAAGAAGCAUUGUUGAAAUCUACUGUGGAAGAAACGCUAGACAAUAUCUGCGCUUGGGUUGUCGAUGUAGGGCUGACGAUUGAUCAGGAAUGGUUCGAUAACUUCGAUGUACAGAAUACUCCACAACCUGGCGAGCCUCCGUCAAAAUUCAAUGAAAGAAUAAACUACUGGAAAGCCGGUCUGCAGGAACUCAUGGCCUGGCUUGGCUGGGUCGACCAGUGGACGUAUUGCAAGGAUGGGUGCGCAUCGGAUGAAGUCUGCUUCAUACCGAUGUGGCCGAUGGAUUCUAUUGAGACGCCGGGACGGUAUGGACCGGGUUCUGGGCCGGGUCCUGGCUACGGCUAUGGUCCUGGCUAUCGCUAUGGUCCUGAUCGCAUCCACGGCAGAGGCGGUCCACCUGGGAAACAUCCUGACUCUGACGGAGAAGGGAAAAUGCCAUCCGGAAAACCAUCAGGGGGACCACCAGCCAUGCUCCUGAACGAAGACUCAUUAUGGGAUCCGAAAUGCAUAAAAGCCGAAUCUGUAACUUAA